AUGACGAGUUCGCCGACGAAGAUGGUGGGCAAGAAGCCGAUCGCGGGGCGCCGCGCGAAGGACCCGAACGCGGCCGCCGCCGCCGCCGCGAAAGAGAACGCGAAGGGCCCGGGAGACGCCAAGAGCGCUUCAACCGCGACCGCGUCCAAGGCGGCGUCGUCGCCGGUGAAGAAGCUCACGAGCUCCGUGAAGUCGUUGGGGAUCGAACUGAAAGCGGAGAAGCAAAGGCCGAGGGACGACAAGUUUGAAAAGAUUGACCUCGUCCCGGUGAAGUACUUCGACGAAGACGGCCUCCCGCACUUCAACUUUGACCCGAUAUCCCAGUCCGCGGCGGCCGCGGUGUUCGUCAAGUACGGGUACGAUCGCGACGGGUACAUGCCGUACGAGGUUUUCAUCCAAGCGCUGCUCGCGUCGCCGUCGCGCCUGCUCGGGAUGGAGCACAUACUGGACGCGAAGGACCUCGGGCGGCACGGGUUCGAACUGGGCGACGACUACCAGCACGACGGGAAGAUUCAGGCGCCCCCGGACGCGGAGCUCGCGCUGGAGCACGUGUACGGCUACGCCGGGUUGGAGAACAACGCCCCGAAUUUGUUCUAUCUCACCACCGGAGAGGUGGUCUAUUACACCGCCGCCGUGGGCGUCGUGCUGGAUAAGGAUAAGCUCGAAAAGAAGACGCAGUGCCAACGAUUCUUCUUCGGGCACGACGACGACAUCAAGUGCCUCGCGAUUCACCCCAACCGCGAGUGGGUCGCGACCGGGCAGCUCGGUCGUCGGCCGUACGUGUGCGUGUGGGACGCCAUCUCCAUGCGGCAGCUUCAAAAGAUAGUUCACCCCGCGGGCAUGCGCGGGGUCAUCGCCGUCGGGUUCAGCAUGUCCGACGGCGGAGAAUACCUCACCGCGGUGAACAGCGACAACGGGCACACGGUCAUGGUGUGGAACUGGACCAAACACGGCGACGACGCGGUGAUGGACAACGCGGUGGAGGAAUCCGGCGGCGCCGGCGCCGGCGGCCGGUCGUCGAAGAAACUGCCCGCGACCGCCGCCGUCUCGAAAGCGAUGCAAGCGCACAAGGGCGCGGGCGAGCCGACGCCGGACUCGCGCGCGCCCGCGGACGACGAAGCCGCGCUGAGCAAGCUUCCGCCCAACUUUGACUCGGAGGGAUACAAGAGCGGCGACGGGACGUACGAGCUCGUCGCGGAAGGACCGGGAAUCAACGGCUUACCCCCGAUGGUGUACGGCGCGGUGUGGAACCCGUUCCCGGGGAUGCGCGAGUUCGUGACGUACGGCGCGAAGCACAUCAAGCUGUGGCGGCCGCUGCCGAGCGGGUCGUGGACGGGGGAGAUGGGUUUGCGGAACGACGGAACGAGGGUCGGGGAUUACUCCGCGGCGAACGGCGGAUCCGCGCCGGCGGCGGCGAGCUCCGGCGGCGGCGUCGCGUCGAAGGCGCCGCUCAGCGCGUCGAUGACGGCGCUGACGAAGGUUGGAAAGGGAAACGUUUCAGGUUCAAACCCGGCGGCGGCGGCGGCGGCGGCGAAGCUCAAGCCCAAGGGCACGUUCGGCGGCGUCAAGGGCUCCGCCGCGGCGGAGGGGGAGAGCGGCUCGGGAUCGAUGAACAAACCGUCGUCGCAAUCGCAAAUCGGCGGCGAGUCCAUCGUGUCCGCGGAAUACGUCCGGUACAACGUCAUCGUCACCGGGCACCCGCUCGGCGCGCUCGGGAUCUGGCUCGUGACGCACCAGGACGCGAGUAAUAACCCGGUGGACCCGCGCGUGAGCCCCGAGCUCGUGGCGGAGUGGAACGUCAACUUGAUCCAACGCGUGUCCGACGCGCACGGCGUCGGCGCGAGGAUCAACCUGAACGACGGCACCACAACCUACGGCGGCAUCCGCGGGCUGUGCCUCCGCGCGGACGGCGACACGCUGCUCACCGCGGGCGCGGACGGGUGGAUUCACACGUGGGAAGUCUCCGACGGGCUCGUCGCCGUCGCGGGUCGGCCGAGGACGGACGGCCCGGGGAAGCCCGGGGUGGAGAAGAAGGCGCGUUCUAUCUCACACUGGUCCCCAUACGACCCCGUCGGCGUGGUGAACGCCGAUCCUUAA